CCUGCCCAACCACAGAAAAGGCGACUAAUUGCUGAAGAAUACCAUAGAAGAUGGAAUGUGGCAUGUGAAAGCAUGUGAUCCUCAGACCCCCCCCGCCAAUAGUGGCACCUGUACCACAAUGGCAAGGAGUUUGUCAGUGUGGCCCUCAUGGAUCUGAUAGAUGCUCACUACAAGUUCCUCUGGUGGGGUUGGUUACAAGGCAGACACCCAGAUCUUCAAUGAUUCAGAACUCAAGGAGUGAUUCAGAACUCAAGGAGUUCUGAAUCAAAUGUGUCUUGAUGAGUGUCGCAGGGCCAAAUCCACUACCCAAUGAUGACCAGCCCACACCCUAUGCCUACUUCAUCCAGGGAGAUGAUGCGUUUGGUCUGACCCCAGAACAGCACAUCUACAACUGCAGGAUCUCCAGGAAUUUUCCAUGCUGAAUGUUACGUGUACGAAAGAUCAAAGUGCAUGCGCAGAAUGUUUCACAGUGCGGGCCAAUGGACUAAUGUGCCUGUAUGUGAUGGAAUUCACAAAGGACCCGCACAGCUACAAGCUGUCUGCAAUGGAUGGAAUCAGUGAGUGGGACUUUGAAUUCCUACAAGAUGAUUCGUCAGGGCAAGUCCGUUUCUGCACUCAACUGCAAAAUUCUUUUGACAAAGGAGUAAAUGCAGAUUGGAGAGAUACCCUCUGCUUGGACAACGAUUUCUCGGAGGUUACUGUGCCAAAAGAAUGUGGCAGUCCCCUGAUAACACUGACCAUCGACAGUCAUAUGGGCAAUGGCCGUGUAAUGGGUGGUCAGUAUCUCUACUGCAGUCCCUAAUGGAAUUAUCGCGUAGCCAUUUCAAUGCAUGACGCAACGGUGCGUAGCAUUAUGUAGGCCUAUAGGCUUCAAAAAGCUGUAUGAAAAAGGAUUUGAAAAUGCAAACUCUUAAAAAGCUUCUUCUGGUCCUGUUGAAUUCCAUUUCGGUCACUCUUUGUUGUUGCCAUGCAUGCUGUACGUAUCUCUGGGCCUUCCUCUAUUUAAUAUCAGUCAGAUUUCCACAUUUUAUGAGCAAGAAAUCUAACGUUUCUAGGUCAGAUAUUCAAGAGUUAAAGAGCUUUUUUACCAUAAUGAUUGAAAUUGUGAUGUACGAACUACUUGUAUUCAUAUGACUUUCUUUUGAGAGAUUCUUGACUUGGUAUUACAGCCAUUAAACCACGGACGUAUAUUUGAAAAAAUGGA